CCCCCCACCCACAUUUCCUCCUCCCCAAUCCUGUUCUGGGGGGUGUGGGGGAGUGGAGGGGAUGGGUAGAGGCAGGGUUGUUUGUGUUUCUCCUAAGCCAGGAAGUAGUGGAGAUGAGUCAAGGGUGAAUGGAGAGCUCCAGGCAGUGUGUCCCGCCCCACCCUGAGUCACCUGUCCCCCAAAUCUCCUCAUGUCCUCACUUAAAGGUUGGGGACCUGCCUCAUCCUGGGUGCAGGGCAGGGGUGUGGAUCUUGGGUGUCUUAGGCAAACUAACAGCGCUGGCCCAGUAUCUGGAGCACAGGAAGGGGACAGAACUGCAGGUUCUCCCAGGUCCUGCCAGGUCUCAGCCCAGCCUAAAGGGUCUUGGUUCCUGUGGAGGAAGGGCUUGUGAUGCCUCUACCUGCUAGUGGCCAUCUUUGCCCAUCUCUUCUAUCCUUGUUCUGGAUCCUGUAUAGUGCCUUUGGGUGAUAAAACAUGGGUAAGACCCUGGCCUUGCCUGGGAUGGCCGGCAUCUUCAGACCAGUGGGUGGAUAAGACAGGUGCACAGUCAUUGGUACGGAGGCCCCAGCACACAGUCCAGAGGGAGCCCUUCAGUCUGAGUGUGGGAGAUCCAGGAAGGCUUCUCAGAGGAGGUGGCUCUGGCGUUGAGGCCUCAAGAAAGUUGGGGAGGGGGAGGGGUCUAAGGAAGGCACGCAAGGUUUGGGGGCCCCAGGCUCACCUUCUGCCUCCCACUGCAGCUGAGCCAGCCUCCUGCCCUCCUGGUUCCUAUCCUUCCCCACCUCCUUCCCCCCUUCUGUGCAUCACUCAGAGCUUGAGCAGGCGUUGCCACAACAGGCUCUGGCAACAAAGCGCUGGGAAAACCUGGGGCAGAGCCCGGAGGAGCGAGUGCCCCAUGCUGGGAAGUGCAAGGGUGACUCUGAACCCCGGCCGUGUGUGGGUCAGGGAGUCGGUCGCUGCUGCCUGGCCUGUGGUGAAGGGACCCUCACAGCUCUUCCCCCGGGCAACCUGGGAUGUCAUGGAGCUGGGUCUGUCUCCGCUUCAUCUCAGCAGCUCCCCAGAAGACCUGUACCUGGCCUCUGGGACCCCUCCUGAGACUCCCCCGCCUCUCGAUGCCCCUCUGUCUGGGGAGGUGAAGAGGUCCCAGCCUCUGCCCAUUCCAACUGGCAGGAAACUUCUUCGAGAGGAGGAGCUGCAGUCAACCUCUCUGCCCUCCAUCCCCAACCCCUUCCCUGAGCUCUGCAGUCCUUCUUCACAAAGCCCCAUUCUUGGGGGGUCCUCCAGUGCAAGGGGGCUGCUCCCACGAGACACGAGCUGCCCCCAUGUCAUAAAGGUGUACAGUGAAGACGGGACCUGCCGCUCAGUGGAGGUGGCGGUGGGCGCCACGGCUCGCUACGUGUGUGAGAUGCUGGUGCACCGAUCUCACUCCCUGAGUGACGAGAACUGGGGGCUGGUGGAGUGCCACCCCUACCUAGCACUGGAGCGGGCCUUGGAGGACCAUGAGUCAGUGGCAGAAGUGCAGGCUGCCUGGCCCAUUGGUGGAGACAGCCGCAUCGUCUUCCGGAAGAACUUUGCCAAAUACGAACUGUUCAAGAGCACUCCACACUCCCUAUUCCCAGAAAAGAUGGUCUCUAGCUGUCUGGAUGCACAUACAGGCAUAUCCCAUGAGGACAUCAUUCAGAACUUCCUGAAUGCAGGCAGCUUCCCAGAGAUCCAGGGCUUCCUGCAGCUCCGGGGGUCAGGGCGCAAGCUUUGGAAACGUUUUUUUUGCUUCCUGCGUCGCUCUGGCCUGUAUUACUCCACCAAGGGCACUUCCAAGGAUCCAAGGCACCUGCAGUACGUAGCAGAUGUGAACGAGUCCAACGUGUUCGUGGUGACCCAGGGCCGCAAGCUCUACGGGAUGCCCACAGACUUUGGCUUCUGUAUCAAGCCAAACAAGCUUCGAAAUGGCCACAAGGGGCUUCGCCUCUUCUGCACUGAGGAUGAGCAGAGCCGCAGCUGCUGGUUGGCCGCCUUCCGCCUCUUCAAGUUUGGGGUACAGCUGUAUAAGAAUUACCAGCAGACACUGUGCCGCCACCUGUGCCCACCCUCUGGGGGCUCCCCACCCUUGAGGAGUGUCUCAGACAACACCCUGGUGGCCAUGGACUUCUCCGGCCAUGCCGGGCGUGUCAUUGAGAACCCCCGGGAAGCUCUGAGCGCCGCCCUGGAGGAGGCCCAGGCCUGGCGGAAGAAGACGAACCACCGUCUCAGCCUGCCCACCCCCAGCUCGGGCACGAGCCUCAGUGCAGCCAUCCACCGCACCCAACCCUGGUUCCAUGGACGCAUUUCUCGCGAGGAGAGCCAGCGGCUCAUCAGGCAGCAGGGCCUGGUUGACGGCCUGUUCCUGGUCCGAGAGAGUCAGCGGAACCCACAGGGCUUUGUACUGUCUCUGUGCCACGUGCAGAAAGUCAAGCAUUACCUUAUCCUGCCGAACGAGGAGGAGGGGCGCCUGUACUUCAGCAUGGACGAGGGCCAGACCCGCUUCACCGACCUGCUGCAGCUCGUGGAGUUCCACCAGCUGAACCGCGGCAUCCUGCCCUGCCUGCUGCGCCACUGCUGCACCCGCGUGGCCCUCUGACCACCGCGCGGGCCGGCAACAUCUCGGCCCACCCCAGGCUGCCCCCCUCCUCCGGAGCUGCCCGCCCCGGAGCGGACUCAGAGCGGGCAGGAGGUGAGGCCGGGAUCAUCAUGAAUGGCUGGGGCUCCUCUACUCUGGUUUUCUCCUCUGCUCCUUGCCUCCCUCGGGCAGAAGGUGCUCCCCGCCCAGUCCACCCUCAACUUCUCCUUCACGGAAGGCACUGGCGUGGCCCUCUCCCCUUCACGGAGCUCCUGGGUGCUGCUCAGGGACCGGACACUAUGGGAGAAAUGGGGGCAGCCAGGUGGUCUUUACACCCCACAUUUUGUACAGACUGAGAGGCCAGUUGAUCUGUUUUAUACUAGUGACAAUAAAGAUUAUUUUUUGGUA